UUGUAAACAAAGGGUCCAGGACCAGACCAGACAGGAAUGGAAUGAUCUUCCUCAGUCUGGAAGUGCGAGAUUCCACGGCAGGUGACGAUUGCAAAGCUUUCAAGAACUGAGACGACUAUAAUCACGUGCUCUCGAAGUUCCUUAAUUACCCUUGUCAGAGAUAAAGAUGGAAGACUUUGCAGUGGUAGCUUUCAAAUAUUCUGAUAGUGGAGAUGAAGUCGAAUUGGUGCCUACAUGUUGGCUACAGGAUGAAGAAACAAAAUGUUCUUGGCCAAACUUCAAAAAUAAAUUGAAGGUGACAAAGGCUGUUAAGGAGAUGACUAAACCAGGAGAUGCAUGGAGUAUUCAUUCCAUCAAAGUCUUGGCAAAAUGCAGAGACUACAAUGCUGGACGCCUUCUAGCAAGGAAUGCUAACAAUGCAUCAGGUAUCCAGAGAGAAGGAAAUUAUGGCCUUGGACGAAGAAGAAUAAAGUCUACGCAUAAUGACUCUGAAGAUGACUCGGAUUCAUCUAUCCCUCAACAACCCAAGCCAAAGAAAAGAUACUUGCCUGAGCCACCAGAAAUAGAGGGUGAAGAAGAAACUAGGUGUCCAGGGAGCAGCAGAAAAUAUUCAGCCAUGUAUAGUUUGUUAACAUCACCAUCAUCAUCAUCAUCAUCAUCAACACAGAUGCCCAAAGCAGUAUUACGAUCUUGCUUGGAAGAUGCCUUACGACCUGUUAUGCUGGCAGUGGCAAGAUGUGAAAGUAGAUUACAAGAGCAGCAGAAGACUCUCGAAAUGGUGCUGAGUAUUGUCAAAAAUUUGAAAGAAAGUCAGACUGCUCCACCCACUGGACCAGAUGUAUCCCUGCUGGAUGGAUUACUGCCAAUAAAAAGUUAUGUAGACUUUGAAGACUUUGAACAACAGAUUAAUGGGGAUUGUGCCCUCAGAAAGUCACUGGCAUGUCGACUUCAGGUUCUUGGGGGAGCAACCGUCAAAGCAGCUGUUAAAAACAUGGUUGACCUUUGCAUGACAAGUGGACUUCAGUAUGAAUUCAACUGGGAAGGUCGUCUUGGUUGGAAAACAAAAACAAAUACCUGCAAAAAAGGGUUCAAGAACACAACAUUGUGUAAAAUUAUGAUAAAUAUUCUGGUGAACAAGACCCAAUUGGCAACUGAUGAAAGUGAAGUAGGGAAGACAAUAAUGGUAUACCUGAGGAAUGCAGGUGACCGAUACUUCGGUAGAAAGAGACCAAACGACUCGCUUAGUUAGCAAAAUCAUGAUGACAAUUCCACUCUGUUUCAACAACAUGAUUCUGAUGGAACAAGUGUACAGUGCUUCUGAUGACUGUAGUCAACUAUUCAUGUCAUUUGUUUUACAACUCAAUUUGACCUUAAUAGAGUUAUGGCAACUUGUCAGGCUUUUGAUUAAUUUAUUUAUUAAUUUUUUGUGUGGUGGCCUUGACUUGAUUUAAAUGAAUGAUUUGAUGUAGAGUACUAUAGUAGAUUCACAUCAACUGUGCAUCUGAUGUCUAGGCCAGUCCAUUACGACGCUCCUGAUUGGCUGUUGAUAAGCCAGUGACAGGGCUGGAAACUCUGUCUCUCGAGAGUUCACAUAGGCAGGAUGUGUUCCAUCUCUCCUGAGGUAUGUCUUUCAGGAGAGGUGGAACAUACAUCCUGCCUAUGUGAACUCUCGAGAAAGACUGAAAGCUUCCAGCCCCGUGAUUGACUGAUCAACAGCCAACCAAUCAGGAGCGUCGUAAGGGACUGGCCUUGACAUCAGAUGCACGGUUGAUGUGAAUCUACUAUAGUAUCAUUCUUUUCUGUGGUUAUUCAGUGUAUGCUGUAAUUUAUGGUGCUUUUUACCUCAAAGUUGAUAUCACCAAGUUUUAUAAAAUAUUUUCCAUAGAAAUUAGAUAUUAAAUUAAG